AAAAUGCAAACCCCUGUUCAUUUUACCUCAACAAUUCAUGUCUCAAUAAAAUGUAAAACUUGAAUUAGGCCUGGCCUUUGCCGUGAUGAAUCUUGAAACCUGGAACAACCUCAGUGAAUGAUGGCCGACCCAAAUCCGGUUUUGUGAGUUGUGCUUUGUCGCCCUUCCAUUCAGCGUCGCCUGCUGCUGCCUCGUCAGCCCUUCUCUAUGCCGCCGUUGUGAAACACAAAAGACCCCCAUCGCCCGUCUCUGGAACAAAAACGGGGCCGAACAUGACCACACAUCACUGUUCACUCACUAGAGCCCCAAAAGUAACUUUUAGUUGGGUUUUUGCUCGUCUUAUCAAACCCCCCCAGAAAAGUCCACUUUUUUUUUACUUUGCCUCCGAGGAUCAAGGGAUGAGGAUUUGGGAUGGACAGGUUGCCGUGGAAACGUGCUCUUUUCCCACCAUUGAGCUGAUCAGCAGAAAACAAACGGUCAACCCUCGGCUGUUGAAGAACUUCUCCCAACAGAGCACCUGACAACCUUUUGUGUACAUCUUUGUGGUGUUAGAUCUGAAUCUUUGACAUGUCCUCGACCAAACCACCCCGUGAGGAGUUUCCUGACUCUGAUCCGGAGGACACAUCCGAGGAGCUGACUGCGGUGGUGUGCCUGGAGUCAGACCUGCAGGAUGGACAGAUGAUGGAGGUUGAAGUGGGACAACACAGCGUGCUGUUGACUCGCAGCGAGGGCGAGUACAGUGCCGUUGGUAACCAGUGUACGCACUAUGGAGCUCCUCUCAGCCAAGGGGUUAUUUCAGGCAACACAGUGCGUUGCCCGUGGCAUGGCGCCUGUUUUAACAUUCAUACAGGAGAUCUGGAGGAGUAUCCCGGCAUGGACUGUUUGCCGUGCCACAAGGUGAAAAUUCAAAACAGCAAGGUUUACGUGUCUGUAAACAAAAGAACUCUGAAGCAGGAAAAAAGAGUGAAGCGUAUGGGAGCUGCAGUAGCAGGAGUUACUCACACGGUUCUGCUGCUGGGAGGAGGAGCCGCGUCGCUGAUCUGUGCCGAGACUCUGCGGCAGGAGAACUUUGGCGGAAGGAUCAUUAUGGUCACCAGAGACGACCUUUUGCCUUAUGACAAAACACGACUCAGCAAGGUGAUGAAUGUGGAGAACGACAGUAUUCUGCUCAGGAGAUCAGAGUUCUUCUAUCAGCACGACAUCGAGGUUUGGCUCCGGAAAGAAGCCGUGUCAGUGGACACAGACAUGAAGACAGUUGCAUUUGAAGACGGCUCAGUUCAGAGCUAUGACCAUCUUCUCAUCUCAACAGGGUGCAGAGCGAAGGGUCUGGAUGUCCCCGGCAUGAAACUGGACAACGUGAGGAUGCUGGAGACUCCGGAGGACGCUCGGCACAUCCACACGACCUCUCUGGGCUCCAACGUCGUCCUCGUGGGAACCUCCUUCGUUGGUAUGGAGGUGGCAUCUUAUUUGAUAGACAAAGCCUCCAGUGUCACAGUGAUCGGCAGCAGCGAGCUGCCGUACCAGAACACACUGGGUCGUGAAAUUGGAAAAGUCAGCAUGACGAUGCUGACAGAACAAAACGUGAAAUUCUACAUGAAUGAUAAUGUCACAGAGAUCAAAGGUGUCGAUGGCAAGGUGAAGGAGGUUGUGCUUAAAAGUGGGAAAGUUAUUCCGGCAGAUGUUUUGAUUGUUGGUAUUGGCAUCAAACCAAACUCUGAGUUCCUGAAGGGCAGCAAAAUACUGACGGACUCAAAAAACUUUAUACCGGUCGACAAGUACAUGCGCACCAAUGUCCCCGGUGUGUACUGUGGGGGCGACCUGGCCACCUUCCCCCUGGCGAUGGCCAAGAACCGACUGGUCAACAUCGGACACUGGCAGAUGGCACAAGCACAUGGGAGGAUAGCGGCUCUGAACAUGCUGGAUAAACAAAUUGAACUCAACUCAGUCCCUUUCUACUGGACCGUCCUCCUGGGUAAAACCAUCCGAUACGCAGGCUUUGGGGAGGGAUACACUGACGUUGUAAUAAAAGGAGCGUUUGAGGACAGGAAGUUCCUGGCAUUGUACAUCAAGAAUGACGAGGUCAUAGCGGCAGCGAGCCUGAACUACGACCCAGCGGUGUCUGCAGUGGCCGAGAGGUUCGUAGCGGGAAAAGUCAUCACAAAGAAAGAGGCUGAAUCGGAUGACCUGAGCUGGCUGCAGUUGUCCAAAUCCAGACUUCCCUCCAGUCUGCUGCUCACCACGUCCGUGGCACAGCGUUGACCUCCGUCUCUUUGUCAGGCCUGGAUCACAGUGUUGGACGCAGAAGAGACGGACUUCACGCAAUCCACAGUGAUUGAGUCACACACGCAAACAACAGAUACCUCAGACAAAUGCAGCUAUUGGGACUUUUCUUCUAUUUUUUCAUAAGAGUUGUUUAUUUUAUUUCAUGGCUUUAUGUCUCAUGUGGUAUUCCAGUGACACUCCAGAGACAUCACAGUACAGAUGCUUCAGUAUGUUCUCUGCUUUUGAUCUGUAAUCGGCUGUGUUUAAUGCUCGGGGCAGCUGGAAACACUGCGGCAAUGUACGUGGUCCGGUCGGUGCGUCG